CAGAAAGCUUAACGUGCCUGUCGGCUUGCCGAGGGCUGCACGGUCCGAGCGCACCGAGUGGGAGGCGGCAACCUGCACCGACAAUUACGCAGAGACUCAGAAGUUGUUGUUAGCUGUUUGUUCUGGUCGGAGGAAGACAUCAAGGAGCCGCAGCAAGAAAUAAAAAAUGGAAAAUGAGAGCAAGAGGAAGAUGAAGGAGAGAUUUGGCCUGAGGCGGGAUAUCUUUAAAGAGUUCCUGGCGGAAUUUCUGGGGAUAUUUGUUCUGAUACUCUUUGGAUGUGGUUCAGUGGCCCAGACGGUGCUGAGCAAAGGGGCUCUCGGGGAGCCCUUGACCAUCCACGUUGGUUUCACUCUGGGAGUCAUGAUGGCCGUCUACAUGGCGGGGGGAGUGUCAGGAGCCCACGUGAACCCUGCUGUGUCUCUGGCCAUGGUGAUCCUGGGGAAGCUUCCUCUGAAGAAGUUCCCUGUGUAUGUGGUGGCACAAUUCCUGGGGGCUUUUGCUGGAUCCUGUGCUGUCUAUGGGUUGUAUUAUGAUGCUUUGAUGGAAUAUACCAAUGGAGAAUUUGCUGUUACUGGUGCAAAUGCCACAGCCAACAUAUUUGCAUCAUAUCCUGCAAAACAUCUCUCAGUCCUAAAUGGGUUUGUUGAUCAGGUAAUUGCAACUGCCGCGCUGAUCCUGUGCAUCCUGGCCAUCACUGACAAGAAGAAUAUCGGUGCUCCAAAAGGCAUGGAGCCUCUGUGCAUCGGCCUGAUCAUCAUGGCCAUCGGAGUGUCCAUGGGUCUGAACUGCGGCUAUCCAAUCAACCCGGCACGAGACCUCAGCCCACGGCUCUUCACGGCUGUGGCCGGGUGGGGCAUGGACGUAUUCAGAGCUGGAGGUUGCUGGUGGUGGAUCCCUGUGGCAGGGCCUAUGGUGGGCGGAGCAGUUGGAGCGGGCAUUUACUUUCUCUUCAUUGAGUUGCACCACGCUGAGCCUGAAAAACAAGAGGAGAACAACAUCCAGGACAAAUAUGAAAUGAUAACUAUGAGUUAAAAUUUAGAACAAGGGUUGCAGAGCAAGCAACAAAGCAGCUGACUUUCACGUGAUGAAGCAGUUUUAUACAUUUCUAAAAUAAAAAUUCUGAGAAACUUUACAGUUAAUGGUUAAAAAGCAUGCAUCUGACUGCACCAUUUCAUAGUAAUUUGUAAAAUAUGCAUGAAUGUUUUAUGAAGCCUUUAAAGUCUCUUUUUGUAGAAAGUCUGGUCUAUUUACAGGUUUCAGGUUUUAUCUGCCAGGGGCUCUUUCAUAUAUCAAUAUAUUAAACUUGCUGAAAUAUAUUCUCUUUAGACAUAAAGCUUUUCCUUUAAUUCCAUGAUAUCAUAACCUUGUAUGGAGAGUUUCCUCUGCAUUAUCACUAUGCUGUAUUCUUCAUCGUCUCCUAUUUCCUAACUGGGAUCAUCUCCUCUCAUUAGAAAUAUUUGCCAAGUUUCUGUACAGCAUUUUUAUUUUUACUACUGUCUACCUAACAAACAGGGGCAUUAAAUACAUGUAGCACUUAGGAAACAGUUGAUUUAAUGUGGAAAUGCAGUAAUUUAUAUUAUAUUUAGCCAUUGUGUUACAUUAAUGAUGCGUUUUGUGUGACUUCCUCAUUCUGUUUCACUUCAUCCUUUGCAUGUGUGUAAAGUACGUGAAAAUGUGGAAAGUGUGAUGAUUGCUUACAGCGUUGAAGUUUUUAUAACACAUUUUUGUGUGAAAAUCCAGCCUUAAAUGAUUACACUGAUGUUGCUUACUUUUUCUUUUUUUCCACAAUUUUGUGACACACAGACUUGUGUUAUAUUGCUGGAUUACAGAUUUACUCAUUACAGGCACCCUUGAUAUUGAAAAGCCAUAAUUUAACAGAAAACAUGUAAGUGUAAAACAUGUAAAUCAUUAAUUUUGUUUCCAGCUGAAGCUUUUACAAAUGUCACUGAAUUCCUUGAUGAAUUGUGAGUCAGUGCAUGUCCUGUAUCAGGGGCAAACACAAAACACUGACAGUAACUGUUUACAUUAAAAACUCAUCAGAGCUGAGGUAAAAUGAGUGAUAAAACACACAUGGUGGUUUAGAUUUGGUCCCAAGUUCAACAUUGGAAAUUGGACAAUGUAUUGCAAAAGUAACAAUACUGCUUGGAAAUGUACAAUGGAGGUGUAAAACACGGGACUUUCCUUUAUUAAUUGUGCUUCUUGUAUCUGGUGAGCACAGAAAUGUGAAUUUGCAAAGACAAACCCAAUGUCAACAUGCUAUGUUUUAGAAUAAUAUGAUUUGUAACCCAGCCUGGAAGAAUGGGUAACAUGCUGUAGACACCACUGUCUGACAACAGGAUGCAUGUAGACCUAUGCUGAUGUUAAUGUGCACAUACACUAAUUGUGAGAUAUUGUACUGUACUGAAUGUCAUUUUACAAGAGCACAAUGGUUAUGUAAUACACAAGACACUUGUUUGGUAUUAUGACAAUCAUUUCAAUUAAGAGGUUUUUUAUCAUUUGAUUGUUUUACUUGUGUGAAACAGAAAAAAAUGUGAAGAAAGUCAAUGGCACAAAUAUCAAAGAGUGAUUUUGCUGCAAAAUCCUCAAUUAAACACGCAGUGCAUAAUUUGAUCCUGCUUAUACCAGAAGUAACACUCGGUGUGCCCAUUAUACUUAAAACCCUUUAUGUGGCCUACGUUUGAACCACAAUAAUUACAGUAUGCAUGUUUGAAAAGCAGCUGAAGGUGUUUGUUUUACUGAAUCUACUCAGCUCUUCAGUGACAUGGUGUAUGUGUUGGUACCCGUCUCUCCCUGUCCUACACUUUGAUGUUAGUGCUUCUGUUCUGAGUGGCAGCCUGUCAGGAAGAAACAUUUUAAUAUUUUUGUCUGUUGUUUUGUUGUUGCUUGUUUUAAGUUGCUUUUUCUAAGGUAGUUUCCUAACAUUAUUUUCUCAUGUACGCUUUAUCUGAAUCAGCUGUGUGUAUCUAAACAUUGAAUAAAGUUUGUUGAAAUAA